ACCAAUUUGGAAAAAGGGGAGGUUAUUUACUUAAAUUGUGCCUAAGCUAACAUUUUGCCAUUAUGCGUUGGUAGUUGAACUAUAAAGGAAUAUUUUUGUGGUUUAAGUUAAUCAAUUAUGUAUGUCUUGUUACAUAUAAUUCGAUUUUUUUGGGGACUUUAGUCAAAUGUACAGCAUUAUGACUCCCCUUCUUAACCGUAUCUGAAGUCGUCAUGCACACAGCUGUAGGAAACAUUCAAGUGUUUUGAGGUCUUUUUCAAGAUGCACGUACUGCUUCUCAAAGAGCCAAGGGAUGUAGAUGCUGGACCAGAUCCUUACAUUAAGGAGCUGGCAUCACAUGGUCACAAAGCAACCUUAAUUCCUGUGUUGUCUUUUAAGUUUGUCUCAUUAAACACCUUGUCAGAUAAGCUUUUCCAGCCAGAAAAACAUGGAGGGCUCAUAUUUACCAGUCCAAGGGCAGUGGAAGCUGUGAAGAUGUGCUUAGAAGCAGAUGAGAGAAGGGAAGAGUGGAAUAACUCAGUGAAAGACAAAUGGAAUACCAAGUCCAUCUAUGUUGUUGGCAAGGCAACUGCUGCACUAGUACGAAAUCUUGGUCUGAACCCUUUGGGCGAGGACACUGGGACAGCAGACGUGCUAUCACGUGUUAUUAUUGAAAGAGAGGACACAAAUAUUCCACCACUUUUUUUCCCCUUUGGCUCAAUCAAAAGAGAAGUCUUGCCAACGGCUUUAAGGGAAAGUGGAGUUCCCCUUGAGACGCUGACUGUCUAUCAAACAGCUGAACAUCCAGAUCUGGCGAAAAAUCUUAAGAACUACUACACAGAGCAGGGCACUCCAGCCAGUAUAGCUUUCUUCAGUCCAUCAGGAGUGAAGUUUUGCCUGGAUGUGGUGCGCAGGCUGUCAGGUGAACAGCUGACUCAAAUCAAGUUUGCAGCCAUAGGGCCCACUACACAAGACGCUAUGACAGCAGAGGGCCUGUGUGUCAGCUGUACUGCAGAGAAGCCAACAGCUGAACACCUGGCAGCAUCAAUAGCCAAAGCUUUAUAGUAACUACCCACCACCCUCAAAUGUCCAACCGAUCCACAUUAUCUUCUCUCUUUGUAUAUUCUGUAUUUCAGUUUUCAUGUUUUGUUAUUUGUCUGUGUGCUGCUCUUCUUGCCAGUUUGGAAAGUUAUUUUGCACUGAGAAAAAGUGGCUGUUGUGCCAUACAAGCCAUGAAAGUGUAUAUAUUAUAAUUGUAUUUAUUGUUAAGCUUGCUCAAGACAGUCAAUGUAGAGUUUGUUUUUGAAAAUAAAUUUAAGUCAGUGUGAAAAGUU